GAAUCUUUGCUUGGACCCAAUGAAUGCUCUAUUAUAAUAUCUAUGCUUAUUUCUUAUUGGUUAAAAUUGCUUUGCAAAGCGUGUUAUUUACUUAUGUAGUUUGACAAUUGUGAGAUGAGACACUGCUGAAAUAAAUAAAUGAAAAAUUUCGUCGAAAAAUAGUGAUUUGAUUGAAGUUUAAGGAAUUUAAUGUUUUUUUUUUUACUGCAAUUAUCUGUAAUUAUUACUAAGGUGAUGCUCUUUUAAUCAAGAGUUUAAUUAUAUAGUUAUGCUUAUUGUAUUUUCAAGUGGUAAUUUAGACAUAACCUUAACGUGAUAACGAGAAUUUUUUUAAUUUUUUUUUAUUUAUAAAGGCUAUCUAAUGUAAUAUUAAUUUAUAAAAUGUUAUUGUCUUAAAUAUUUCAUGUGAAAUCGUGAUAUUAUGGAUGAUGACUCUAAAGAGAAUAGAAGAAAUAAACCACAACAAAAGUUUUAUAAACCAGGUAGUGGGCCUUUGAGACGCUCGAGUUAUGGUACAGAUGCAAAAAUGGAUAAUUAUGGAUCUCAAAAUUCUGUUAACGAUGAUCUUUUGACUGAGAAAAGUAAAGAUUAUUCUGUGACAAAUGCCCGCCACAAAAAACCAGAACAGCAACUUUACGUGCCUAGAUCAGGUGAUUCUUGUCCAGCUGAUAGACAAUCUAAACACAUGAGGUCUGAUAAUUCUAGUCAGUACAACAAUAGAAAAAUGUUCAGUAGAUCAGAUAAACAUGGCUAUGGAAGUGGUUCAGGAUCAUACUCUAGAGGAGCUUCAAGAAGAGAUAGGUCAUUUGCAGAUAAUCAUUAUCAAGAUAGUGGAAGUAAAGACCAUAAUUAUAAUCGGCAUUCUAGGCAAGUCUCUGAAACAAGAUCCAUGUCACCAACUCACUGCAUACAAGAGAAAAAUGUAGAUAGAAAUCGUGAUAGUAGAAGUAUGGAGACAUCUGCAGGUCGACAUAUAUCAGGGGGAGGUAAGCCACCUUCUGGUAGGAGAAAUUCAGCAGGCUACUCUUCAGAUUCAUCAAGACCUAAAUAUGCAGUAAAUAUAGAUAAUAUACCUCCAAGAUUUAGAAAGAAUUUUUUAGAACAAUCAGGUCACAGUUUUGAUAGUUUUGAUCAAAUAUAUAGAGACAGACAUACUUCAAGUCAAUCUAUUUCUCCUAGUUACAAUCAAGGCCAAUAUACUAACUCUAAUUUGACUUGGUCUCAAACACUGCCAUCAAGAGGACGUGGAAGGCUUAGAGAUAAUGAAAAUUUUGAUAGAGAGAAAUUUAUAAAUUCAUAUUUGAAGAAUUAUGAUGUGCAAAAUUCUAGAAGAUCAACUCCUAGUAGUUCAUAUAUGAAUUUAUAUGAACCAAAUGUAUUUGAUAAUCAAAAUGAAGUGGUGGCAUUGUCUAACAAUAUUGAUGAUCAAAAUGAAUAUAAUGACAAUUCUCUUAAAAAUGGAUUAAAUAAUGAAAAUAAUGAUCUGUCAUACAAUCAUGAUGAAACCAAACAAGAGUCUGAUAGUCAACAUGACAAUGAAACUAUAUCUCAGAUUACAUCUAGUCUUUUAGAUAUGACUAAUUUGGACUGGACUGAAGAAGUUGAGAAAAAUAUCAAAUUGGAUGAUAUGUGUGACACUUCAACUAGCUUUUCAAAUAACAUACAAUCAUCAGCUUCACAGGAAAAUAAACAAUUGGAAUCUCGUGAAUCCAAAAGAAGCGGCAGAUCUAGACGUAGGGAUCGAAGGAGUUCAAGCAGAGGCCAUCGAAAUUCUGAAAAGAAAUCUGAAAGAAAUAGAAAAGAUAGUAAUGCUAGUAUUCAACAUGAAUCAGAUAAAAAUCGAAAAGAUAGUAACGCAAGUGUUCAACAUGAAACAAUAUUCUCAAAUCUAAAGCAAAGAGAGAGGGAACGACGAGAUAGCCAUAAAAGCAAUCGCUCCUCAACCCUUGGUAAUAGCCGGGAUGAUUUGGAUAGGUGGAGAUCUUUACGAUCGUACAGCAGAGAACAGAGCACAGAAGGAAGAAUAGUUUCACAAUGUAACAGCAGAGAUACAUCAACUAUUCGGGCGAUGAGUCCAAGAGAUAAUGAAGGUUUUCGUAUACCAAGUUCUAAAUCUUCUAUUUGGUCAUCUGGCAACCAGAAGAGAAACAAUGGAUCUUGGGCGAGUGGACGUACUCCAAGCACAGAGCGUGGAAGACAGUCCCCAGUGAUGAACAACAACAUGACAGCUGACGGUAGUGUUGAUGGGUCGGCCGGCGGUGGUCGCCGCAAUCGCAAGCGUGCCGGUCGCCGCCGCGGCAGGCAUUCCGACGUUGCACAAAUUUCGCACUCUUCACACCCCUCUCAUUCGUCACACGCUCACCAUGUACCAACUUCGACCUCUUCUACCUCCAUGACAACCAACUGGCGCGAGGAAAUCCUCGAAUCUAAAAAACAAGCAUCGCACGAUAGGCACACAGAUGGACAACCACAGCGGAACAGACUCAACAGCACUAUGUCAGAGAAGUCUAUACAUGACACGAAUUCUUCACAUCCUGGAUUGAUAGUCCUACCUCAAAGUUCCAUCAAUCAUUUGCAGAAAGACCAUGGGCGGAUUGGCAAUUGUGAAAACCAGAAAUUACUAUAUGAUCAUCAAAAUCCAUCUAAACCAAUAAUCGUGCAAACUAGUCCCACUAAAGGGGAUAUAAGAAUGGAUGGAGGUGGCAGAGAGUGUGGUCGCAGCGGCGGCGGCGGUGGAGGGGGAGGCGGUGUGCAGUACGAGGCGGCGGAAGCGGCGCGGGCGGCGCGGCACCGCGCCCUUCUCCAGGAGGUAGAUCGCGCGGACGCCGUGCUGCAGGCGCACACGCUGCGCGGCCCACUCGCCCUCGCUGCUCACUGGCACGAUGUCGUUAACACGCGGAAAUUCCUCCAGAAUGCUCUGCAGCAACUUCUAAUGUCUGAUCUCAAAUAUUGCCAAUCUGACAAUAUAGAACACCACUUCUGGAAGAUUUUGUAUUAUAACUUUAUAGAAGUUUUAAGAAAGAGUUUUCCUCAAAUUUCGCCAGAUGAUAAGCCAGAAAUAGUCAAGUUAAUAAAUGUUAUCAUUGAGGAGGGUAACGUUUUCUUUGAAAAUCUCGUGCAGAUGUUAGAAAAGACUUAUAAAUUUAAUAUUGAAGAGUAUAUAAACGAUAAUCAUGUAUUGCCGCCCAAAGGACUCGGUUACGUGGGUCUAGCCUUGAUCUCAGUUCAGAAACUUUAUGUAUUUCUUGGAGACUUAGCUAGAUACAGGGAACAAGUGAAUGAAACUAAUAAUUAUGCUAAAAGUAAAUUUUGGUAUACAAAAGCUCAACAAAUUAAUCCAAAAAAUGGACGACCUUACAACCAGUUGGCGAUAUUGGCAGUAUAUGCGAGAAGAAAACUAGACGCCGUAUAUUAUUACAUGAGAAGUUUGAUGUCAUCAAAUCCAUUUAGUUCAGCAAGAGAAAGUUUAAUAUCACUAUUUGACGAAAACAGAAAAAAGUACGAAGCGGCGGAGCGAAAAAGACGAGCGACCUUAGAGAACUCGCGCAGUGUCGAAAAUGGUGGUGAGAAUGGUGUUAGUGGCGGUGGGAAUGGCGUCACCAACGUCAGCAGCGGCAGUGGUGCAGCGGGCGGACUACGGCGUGAGAUUUGGGUGCGGCCCAGCGGACAUCGCACUACCACGCUGCAACACCAAGCGCGGGACGAUCACCUCGCUUCCAUGACCUCUGUUGAGUUGAAUAAAAACUUCAUUACCAGUUACUUACAUGUGCAUGGAAAACUCAUCACAAAAAUUGGCAUGGAGACGUUCCACGAGAGUGCGAGUGAAAUGCUGCGUCAGUUCCGAGCACUGUUACACCGCCAGCCGUUACCAACGCCGGCUGCGCGCCUCCUACAACUCACCGCGCUUAAUAUGUUCGCCGUUGAAACCACUACUUCCUCACUUAAAGACGAAAGCAACAAUGGUAAACGAACGGCGUGGCUUGAUUGUGCGUUGGGCGUGUCGUUGCUGAUGUUCGGCGCGUUGCUUGAGAGGUGUUGCGCGUUGUUGCCCGAGCCGGCACAUACGCAGCACCACGCCGACGCGCUUCUACUGUUGCCCGCUAUCAAGGUGUGGUCCGACUGGAUGCUGUGUCAUAGCAGUAUAUGGAAUCCACCGCCUACAUUUGAUAAUUUCGAAACAGAAAGCGAAAAUGAUCCAUGGGAUUGGCUUGCGAAGCUUAUGAAUAUCCUUGAAGCUCUCGAUGACAAGUCGAUAGAAUUGGAAAACGAAGUAAUUGAAGGUUACACAACAGUGCGCCUAGCGGAGGAUGCGUCUCUGGGCGGGUUCACGCCGCUGAUGUACAUGGAGCCUGCGGUCGCAUGGGUGCGGCCCGAGCCAGCCGUGCAGCUGCACGCCGCUGAACACGCGUUGCGACUCAGGAAAUUGCUUUUCUUCGGCACCGAGUAUCUUGUGGGGGUAGAGCCACCUGUACUACGGCUGGAGUACCCGGCCAGCGCGCCGCCGCGAUACGUUAGCGCCGUACAGCGAGUACAGCCACAUAAUCCGCCUCUCCAGCAUUUGUCAGAAGAUUCGGAAGAAGAGGACAGUGUGAGUGGGAUAGCGAGCGGGUCAGUUACUCUCCCCGAAGGACUCGAAGGCCCCGAGGGGGCGGACGAGACCACUCUUAGGCUAUUACGCCGUAAAGAGCAACUUGAGUCCAGGAAAGCAACCCUCGACAAGCGCCGGGAACGCAUGCAGGAAAUACUAGGCGGUGGUUGGGUGAGCGUGGAAGUGGAGGUACGGCCGCGUUGGCUGGUCCCUGACACGAACUGCUUCAUCGACCAUCUACCGCUCCUGCAGGCCGUCGCGGAAGCGCCUUCUCAGCCCUAUAUUCUGGCUGUACCUCUUGUUGUGAUGACAGAGUUGGAGGGCUUGAAGAAGUGUUCUCGCGUGGGGGAGCGAGCGAGCGCGGCGCUCGCGUGGGUGUGUGCGGGGGGCGGCGCGGGGGGUGGCGCGGGGGGCGCGGGGGCGGCCGUGCGACUCGCCACCUCCCGCGGCAGUUUACUCGCGUCACGUGCCUUCACCGCUGAGAGGGACCACUCGCGGGCCACUAACGACGACCGUGUUCUCGCCACUGCUAUUAAUUUGCAUGCCAACCUCGCCACAGAAACUGAUACACGAGUUGAUGACGGAAGUGAGUCGAAAUUCGUAAAGCGUGUACGCGAAGUGGUUCUACUGACCGACGACCGCAACCUCCGUGUGAAGGCGCUCGCGGCGGAGCUACCGGCGCGCGACCUGCCCUCCUUCAUACAUUGGGCCGGUCUGACCGACAACAAUGUUACGAACUCAUCUGUGGUGUUUGACGACAGAAUUGCUGCAAACAAUUGAUUCACGAGCGAUUGCACUCUUCCGGAAUCGUUACAGGUCAUAUUUGGGAUACUUUAACAUUAAAACGAAAUGCAAUGUGACUUAAUUUUAUGGAGAGAUUAGUGCUUAAAUAAUUCGAAUAGCGUUCGGUUGCCAGCUAUACAAGCUAGCAACAUGCGAAGGCGCGUAUAACUCUAGUAUAGGAAUUGACUAGAUUAAGUAAAACUUUAAUACACCAAUAGACAGUCUAAAUAUAAAUAAAUUUGUUAAGUGCUUAAGGAUCAAACCUCGUGUUCCUGAGCAAUUCAUUUUUGUUAUUUUUUUCUUAUUUUUUUUCAUUUGAUUUUAAGGUAAUAGAUAAAUCAUAAAUUUAAUAUUAAUGAAUUAUUUUUUUUUAUAUCAUGUUAUGUAUAUUUUUUAUUAUUUUGUAGUUAGGUAAUAAUAACAAAAUAACGUAUUACCUAUUUGAUAUGAAGUACAGUUGUGUGGUAACUAUUUCCUACAUAAAUUACAAAAGCUGACUUUAUAACGCAAAUUAAUCAUUACAUAAUGAAAUAAGCAGCACUACAAUAAUCAGUAAUUGAUAUUUUAAUAAAUUGAAUAUAUAAUGAAUUAGACGCGUAGUUUUGAUCGCAAUUAUACUUUAUCGAUGAAGUCGCAUGAACGCAGUAAAAUGUCCCGUGCCAUCGGUCCCGUUAGCAAGUUCGUUAAAUUUACUUGGUGUGAAUUGAAUGCUAUUCUUUAUUAAUAUAAUAUUUUGAUAACUUUGAGAUUUAUGAAUUGGCUAUUUAGUGAUUGUAUUCACGACUCUUUCGUAUGUUGGGAAAUCACAUCUUGUUGAUUAUCACAUUUCAAAAUUGUGUUAGAUCUUGUUACAUGUUACAAGGUCACUUCAUGUUUUGAUACAAGUUUAUAUAGAAUUUAUGUAAACAAUGAUACGAGUUGCGUAUUUUAACUUAGAAUUAUACAAAUGCUUCUAUAAUGGAAAUGAAUUGCCAUUAAUUUAAAUAUUUGUUAAAAAAAUUUAGUUUAAUAAAAUAGUCGCAGUACAAAAAUGUAUUUCAUAUUCAUAAUGUCAAUAGAUAAAUAGUGCUAAACUUCAGCUUUAGAGCUGGUACAAAUGGACGAUUCAUACAAGCUUGUUAAGAUAUAAAUUAUCUUGAAAUCCAAUAAUACAAAUAACAAAUAGAUAAUUAUAUUAUUAAUCGAGAUCAAGAAUCUGACACAUACAAUAACACUAUUUUACGUUAUAUAUAAAAGUAAAAAAUGUAUAAAACAGAUUAUAUUAAAUAUUGACUACUAUAAUAGUAACAAUUAUUAUAACAUGUUCAUUUUUCAUUUUUGAAAUAAAUCAAUGCUGUUACUUUUGUCUUAAUCAUGACGUUUUAAUAAAUAUUGAAUUAC